UGAGCAGCAGUGGAGAAAACACCAGCUAAUCUUGGUGUGAGAGAAUUAUACAAGGCCAUUCAAGAGCAACUCACAAGAAGGACCUCAGGGAAGAAUACUGUAUACAGAACAAGUUGAGAGAGACAAGUGCAUACAGGAACAGAGCUAAGAAGACUCACACAUAGCUUGGAAAAGAGCAACAUAAUUGGAAGGGACUAUAAAGCAAAAUGGAUUACAAUUCUGACAUUAUCCGGGACAAUGGUCCCAUGGACAGCUUGGAGAAACAGCUAAUUUGUCCUAUUUGUCUUGAAAUGUUCCAGAAACCUGUUGUGAUCUUGCCAUGCCAGCACAACCUGUGUCGAAAAUGUGCCAACGAUGUGUUCCAGGCUGGCAACCCAUAUUGGCCAACACGAACUUCUGCGUCUGGGGGAAAAUUUCGAUGCCCAACAUGCCGUCAUGAGGUUAUUUUAGACCGCCAUGGAGUUUAUGGGCUGCAAAGAAACCUACUUGUAGAAAAUAUAAUAGAUAUCUACAAACAGGACCACAGUCGACCUGAAAAGAAAAAGGAGGACCAUCCAAUGUGUGAAAAGCAUGAAGAUGAGAGAAUAAACAUUUACUGUAUCACAUGCCAAGUACCUACAUGUUCCAUGUGUAAAGUGUUUGGUGCUCAUAAAGACUGCGAAGUGUCUCCCCUCCAGAAUAUUUUCCAGACUCAAAAGACAGAGCUUAGCAACUGUAUAUCGAUGCUGGUUGCUGGUAACGACAGAAUUCAGUCAAUCCUUGGCCAGUUGGAAGAGUUAUGUAAAUCUGUAAAGGAGAACAGUCAAAAGAAGAAGGAAUCUUUGAAUGGAGUAUUUGAAGAACUAAGCAGAGUCCUUGAAGAAAAGAAGGCUGUUCUUGUACAAAGGAUAGCACAAGCUGAGGAGGAGAAGACUGAUUUUGUGCGCACCCUCAUUGCCAGCUAUAAAGAGCAAGUUCAGUCCUCUUCCAACUUGUUGCAAAAUGCACUUCAGGCUUCUGAACAAGCUGGCCAUGCUACUUUCCUAUUGGAAUCCAAACAGCUUAUUAAAAGGAUUAUGGAUGCUUCUAAGGGUAGUCAGUUGGAGAAAACAGAAUCUGGUUUUGAGUACAUGGACCAAUUUACUUUGGACACUGAACAUAUUCUUGAAUGCUUAAGAAACCUUGAUUUUAAUACAGGUUGUGACGAUGAUGACGAAGAAGAAGAAGAAGAUGAAACUGAGGAAUAUGAGGAGCCAGAAGAACAACCUGUUGACCAGUUAACCAAACAGCAUGUGUUCAACACGUCAAAGGAAAUUACGCAAGCACAGUGAGAAUAUGCAAACUCCAUGCAGGGCAGCAAGAACUCCAGUGUGUGUGAAGGAUUCACGGGGAGGCAGGAAUGGAGCAUGUGUCACAAUCUUCAGGGAAAAAAGAAUCACAUGAGCGCGGAGAGCAAAGAUCCACUGGGCUGUAACUCCGGACUGCUGCUAGUCAUCAGAAGACCCCAUUUGUUGGUCAUCUGAUUGGGAUGUAUAUAAUUGUUCUCUUGUUUGUUUUUUGUAUCUCUCUUGGGUGCUGUGACUCUGCAUUUGGGUUGGUUUCCAUGUUGUCAGACACCUUGUGACGAGGAACGUGGGCAAAUAUUUGGGUCACAUUAAAGUAACUUUGGAUUAGUGUGCAAUGUACUGACUGCAAAACUUGAAUAAAAUAGAUUUCUGAGACA